AUGCUCGACCCGUGGCUGGCGGUCGCACUGGACGGCGAAACCGACGACGACUGCGAGCCUUGCGCAGCCGACGUCGACCCAGACGCAUAUGACGGCAGCGCCGCUGGCAACAGUGGAGACGCUGCCGCUGAUCCAGCUGAUGAUGACGCCAUGGACGUCGACCCAGGUUUCUGGCCGAUCGUGCCGUGGGAACCACUAGAUGAGCGCAGGCUGUGGGACCCCACAGUCGGCGAGAGCUCGGCGAUACAGUCGUGUCCUGGACCUUUCGCGGCAGCCCCGCUUCGACGACCUUUCGAUGCUGUGAUUCGUUCUGUUGCGUCGGGGCAGGUUUCGUUAGACGGCAGCGUGGUCAAGUUGAGCAGCCUGUACCUAGACCCGAGCAAACGCCCCACCAUUGCUUCCAAGACAGCAGCGUCGUCAUUGCUCGGUUUACCUCGAGAUUCUAUGCAGCGCAACUUGAGCAUUCUUGCCAGUUCACUCGUGCACUGUGACCGUUGUGCUAUACAGAUGCUCCACGAGAAUGUUCGGAGGGAUGCCGUGAAACUGUUGUUGUUCGUUGAAUUUUCGAGGUACGACGCGACUGGGAUGAAGGUCCGCGUGGAUCAGAGCCACCACGACACGACGGCAAGCGUUGGAGGCAUGCUUGUUGACGACCAGCUGUGCGGCGACGUCGUGGGUUUCGACGGCGGGGCGGUCGCCAGACCUUGUGAUCCUGUCAUGCAGCGCGCCGCUGGCAAGACAACUGAUCGCACCCACCUAUUUGGUUCAGAGCAUGGCUGGGCAUGUCUAUUCCGAGUUGGGGCAGGGGUGGACUCCCGUCUCAUUCAGUUGUUCGGCCCCGCGCUUACAUGGGUUCAGGCUGUUGACCGUGGAACAGCGGUCUGUUGCAAGCGCGCCGUGACGGAGACAGCUGCAACGUUCAUAGAUGCCGACCACUACGCCGCCAAGUUGAGAGUUGCAACGACAGACGCAGCAGCAUCGAAUUACAAGACGGAGCGGGGCAUCUUAGCAGAUCGUGGGCCCGACUGGAUGAACCUCCACAUGCCAUGCAAUGUUCAUAAAGUUUCCACUGGGCACUCGAAGACCUACGACCUCGUCGACUACGAUAUAACAGCGGCAAUACAUUUGUCACUAUCAGUUUCUUCGGCUGCUGCGAUGACGAAAUUCAGGCGUGCGUUCAUCGCCGCGGCACGCACGCGACUGGAUAUCAGGAGGGGGCGCCCCUCAACCAUGGACGAAGAGUACCAGUCGCUCAUGCUCGAGUUGUUCCUCAGGCAUCGGUGGACUGGUGCGGACCUUUCGAUCGACGAGAUUGGUUUGUGCGCUUGCAUCCACGGCCUGCUGUUUCCAGCGUACCAGCUCUUCCUGCGCAGUUUCGGCACCGACAGCGCCCCUCUCGGCGGUGUCGGAGCCGAUGGCCAGCAGUUCCAGCCAGACGAGUCCGCGGCCUCGGCGGCGGAUGCCAACGCGCCCGCUGAUGCGCGCGGCGCCCGCGAUGAAGCUGCGGCUGGCGGAGACGCUCGGGCAUGGCAGGUCGAGAAUGAGAAGCACCGUCGCAUUGCCAUGGAGUGGCUUCAGGCCGAGCCGAUUCACAUGCUGCAAGCCAUUCGGAUUACCAUGGAGCCUUGGCGUGAGUUGAUGUCGGCGUACUUGCACAGCUCUGGGGACGAGUGGGAGCAUGACCAGAGGUGCAGGGCUGCUGCGGACCAGCUGGACCCGCAACCAGAUGGCGGGAGGCUCUACCGUCUAUCGCAGUACGCGGACCUGGUCUACGAGAGUCAGUUUUUUGACGAUUUGGAGAGGGCGUGGUUUUCCAACAUAUGGCGCUUCAUUGCCCCUGGCAAGAGGACGUUCCGCUUUCGUGCGCUGUGCUUCAGGAUGUUGUCUCGAUCGGGGUGCCUGGUGAACUCCUACCUCGUUCGGCCUGCUCAGCAGUUCCCAGUGGCGCUCUUCGCCAUGGUCAGGAACGCCGCGGCAGGCCCCGACCUCAAACGCCGACCGAGAUGCACUCGCGAUGCCUUUUCCCAUCAUAUCUUCGAGUCGCGCCCUGAUGGCGAGCUCGGUGGCGAGGACUGCUUGGCGAAGCUCUUGACAGUUGCGCAGAUUACCCAUGUGGAGAACGUCAAGGGGGAGAACGACCACGGCAGUUUCAAGAGACAUGUGGACGCGCAGAGCGUUUCCACCCACCGCGCUAGCUUUGAGUACGUCAACGCCCAGGUUGUCUGCCAGAGGGCCAUUCAGCGAUUCAAGCAUCGGCGCUCCUUGCAGGUUGCAAUUGACAAGGCAGCAUAUGAAGGUGCGCCCAGUAUAGUGUUGGCCUUGCCUGGCGACUACGUCUCAGCGCCGCUGACGACCGACGAGGGCUUCCAGCAGCACUGCCAAGCGGCCCGCAUGGCGGCGAGCACGUUCCGCUUAGCCAGGCGGCAGAAGGAGGGGCAGGCAGCAGGCAAGUUCGAUGAGUGGGACUCUCAGUAUGCGGAGGCCAAGGUCCAGGGCUUGAUCGACAGGUGUCCGUCGCUUCUCCCAUGCAAGCCAGCUUUGCAGCCGCUCCCCUCGAGCGCCAUGGACGCAUUCGAGGUAUUGUUCGAUUUGUCGGAGAAAGCCAGGUUCAUUUCAGCGUUUGCUUGUGAGAACAGCAGGUCUUCCCACAUGUCUGGCGUUCUCCUGCGCGAUUGGGCUCAUAAGAACAGGGUUAUCCAACACGACGACCAACCUGCAUGGCGAGAACGUGAUCGCGAAUGCGGGCAUGGGCAGUGUUACCAGCACGGCUUCUGCGUUUGCUCCGAGGGGGGCAAGGAGACGCUGCGCCUUCGCAACAGCGUCUUGCGGCAUAUCAAGUCUGUCUGCCCUCGGCACUCUGAAAACAUCGAGUUGUUGAAGAACGCUUUCCUGGUUAUGAGGCUCGAGGGCGUCGCGCAUGAGCGUUCCGCCUGGUGCGAUGCCGUGUCCGAUGAUGAGACAGCUGCCGCUGAUGAGUACAAGUUUGGCCACGGUGUGCACUGGUUCCACAUUGGCUUCGUGCUCUUCAGCCCGUACCGCCCAGACUACCACGUCCUCGAUGAGGUCACUGGCGGCGCGCCGAGUCCGUACAUCUGGGUGUCUGCGACCAACGCGUACGAGCACGACUGGGGCUUUUUCUCAAAUCUGGAUCGGUCGUGCACGUGGACUUGCCGCAUCUUCCGCCUCGUGGACACGGUGGAGGUUAUUGGCGCCCUCGACGUCACCACCGUCCCAGUGGAAGCUGUACCAAGCGGCGAGCAACAGGUGUGGCCACCACCACGGCGAAUGUCGAAGAGAAAAGUUGCCCAGCCUGGAGAUGUCGUGCUUCAUGGUUUAGCUGACAAGGAACCGGGCGCCGUCGAGGAUGGCGAGGUUGACGACGUGGCGGGCGACGAUGCGGACCGCGCCAGCGACCCCGAGGAUCUCGAGGCGGCGUCGGAUGCCGCAGUGUCCGACUGUUCCGAGGAGGCUGGCGUCGACUUGUUUGAUUUGGUCAAGCACCACCUCGACCACCUCGAGGCUGACCGAGGAGAUGGCGAUGAUUCGGGUGGUGGCCUGGACGCUUUGACGGCGAUGAACCUCCUGCGCGCGAGGGCGACUCCAGCGUUCCAGCAGUUCUUCGAGCAGCUCGUCUUCUUCGAGCUCUCGCGGGGCUGGUGGCCCUAA